AUGGAGCCACAGCCUAUUCAUACCAACACUAAUGCAACUACUAGUGCUCCAAAUUCCUCUGCUUUUGGUAUAAUCCGUAGACUUACCUGGACAUUCGUUUUACUCUUUCUUCUUUUAACUGUUAUCAUCUCAAUUGCUUGGAGUGUCAUGGACCCUCAUCAACCUCGUUUUCGAGUCAGCACAAUCUCUGUAUCGAAUUUCAAUGUCUCUGAUUCAGACCUCAAAGGUGUGCUUGAGGUUGAAUUAAACAUAACAAAUCCAAACAAAAAGGUUGAAAUAACAGUUGACCAAUUCUAUGUCUGGGUGUUUUAUAGCUCUGUGGGAGUCUCGAGUGCUAUUUUGCUGCCACCUAUUUACUUGAAGAGGAGCAGUGACAAGGGUGUGAAGAUUAAGUUUAGCUUAGAGAAUUCUUCCAUCACCAAAUUAGGUCAUAAUAAAGUGUUGUACAAUGAUCUGGUUAAGGAUUGGAAUAAAGGGAUAGUGAACUUUGACGUGAAAAUGAUGGUUAGAAUUGUAUAUGAAGCUGGAAUAUUGCCAAGUAGGGAAAAAUUCUUGGACAUAUAUUGUGGUAAUCUUGAUGUUGGAUUUGUUCCUACUAAGAACACUGGUAAACUCCUAGGUAUUGGAAAGGAUUGUCACGCUGAAAUUUAG